AUGGUUAUGGCAGAUAGAGGAUUCACCAUCACUGAAUCUGUUGGAUUUAGGCAAGCAAAGCUUGUAAUCCCAGCUUUCACAAGGGGAAAGGCUCAGCUAGACCCAGUGGAUGUAGAGGAGACAAGAGGCAUAGCCAACGUUAGAAUCCACGUGGAACGUGUUAUUGGACUACUAAGACGAAAGUAUACCAUUUUGGAAGGAACUCUGCCAACUGACUUUCUGAUUUGUAAUCAUGAAAACUCUGACCGUCGUAUUCCAUUAGUGGAUCACAUGAUAAGAGUUUGUGCUGCUCUUGUUAACUUUUGUCCUCCAAUUGUUCCAUUUGAUUGA